AAGGAAGCGCGUCUGUUGGGGUUUCCGGAAAGGCGGACGUGCUGAGUGGCGGAGGACAGCGUCCACAGGCGUCAAACGGCUCUGAAGAAGGAGGAGGGGUUUUGAAAAUCUGACUGAGGCAUCAUGGUGCCAAGGAAUAACAUAAAACAUACAGAAGAAAGGGUAACCAGAAGAUUUAUGUGAUCUCCCAGUAAGCUGCACUAGUUAAGACAAUGGAAGUAUUUCCAGAACUGUAUGACAUAUUCCAGGGAGAGGUUGCUUCUGUAACAGAUUAUGGAGCAUUCAUCAAAAUUCCAGGAACAAGUAAACAAGGCCUUGUACACAAAAGUCAUAUGUCACAUUGCCGAGUGGAUAUUCCCUCAGAGCUGGUGGAUGUUGGUGAAAAAGUGUGGGUGAAACUGAUUGGAAAAGAGAAGACAGACAACAAGCUGAAAUUUUCUCUUUCCAUGAAGGUUGUUAAUCAAGGAACCGGAAAGGACCUCGACCCCAACAAUGUUGCCCUUGAUCAAGAUGCCCGAAGGAAGCAGUCAUUCAAGGACUAUACGAGCCAGAAAAUUACUCUAGAAGCUGUCCUAAACACAGUUUGCAAGAAGUGUGGUUGCCCAGGUCAUUUCGCAAAAGAUUGCUUCAUGCAGCCCGGAGGGACCAAGUACACUCUUAUACCAGAGGAAGAAGAAGCCCUUCCAGAAAACAAAAAUGAGGCUCAUAUAUCUGAGAAUUCCAUAAAGAAGAAGAAGAAGAAGGGCAAAAAGAAACACAAGAGCAAAGUCCCUUCUGAACUGGAAGUUUCUGACAGUGAUGAUUUAGAGGGUGGCAGCCAGUCAGCCAGGAAGAAAAGGAAAGUGGCUGAAAAAGCCCUCAAGAAGAAGAAAAAGAAGCACCAUAAGAAGAAGCACAAGGAUUGAGAAACACCGAACGGACAACAGGUCCUCCUAACACAGCAUGUAUUUCUUGUCCCCGUUGGGCUCCCAUCAUCGGCUGGAAAGAAGAAUCGCUGAAGCAAAGAGAAUUGCAUUUGCAGUCUUUCUGACCACGCUGUCCUUUUCCUCUUGGGUACAAGUAUUCCUCAGGUCAAGGAUGGGUCCUGGGCCUCACUGUUGUGACCCCUGAAUGUACAACUCUUUCAGCAUGACCCCCCCCCCCCAAUUGUUCUCAAAUACAUCUGCAGCAAAAAGCAACUUCCCCAAACCUGUGAAAACAUUUCCAAAUACCUUCUUCAAGCCUCAAAGAUCUUCAGGCAUAUUUCAGCCAAAUAGCUGUAUUCCAACCAUGAUGAUAAUGGAAUCUUUUCCAUUUACCAUUUUGGCAGAGAUACUGCCAGUGAGCAGUAUGUUAUUAUUUGGGCUCUGUUGAAGGCAAGGGCUCAUGUGUAUUUCGUUCGGUGUCAAGAGGAUCAGAAAAGCGACCUCUUCAGUUGCCAAUCCUUGCUUUCCAUUACAGCUGUUUAUAUAUUUGCUUUUAUUCCUGAACUGUAACCUGUACAUAACAGUAGGUCCGGUAUGCAAUAAUAAAUGCAAAACUUUUGAUGGAAAAAUAUUAAA